CUCAACGGAUCCAAGUUAAAAAAAAGGCAUUUUUAAAUCCAUCAAGGUCAAGAUGUUAUGGGGACUUAGUUCAGCGUUGGAUUUGUACGAUGAGUAUCUGAAAGCCUUCAAGAUCAAGGAUGAUCCAAAGAAGGAUGAAGAUUCGCAAGAGAAAGGAGCAGAUGGAGAUGGUUCGUCGAAUGCCCUAAAUAUCCUCAUCUGUGGUGGAGCUGAUCCGCGUCAUGUCAUCAAGACUCUGGCAAAGAGAUACACCCAUCGCAACCAACCCAAUCUCAACAUAUACAUGCUGGAUGGCUGCGCGGAAAUCGUAGCCAGGAACAUGCUGCUUCUAGGCGUAGCUCUGGAGGAUCCUGAGUCUUUUAGCUUAGUAUGCAAAGCGCAUUUGUUUAUGGACCUUUACGGAAAUGCUGUGAUCCGGCCCAGUUCUCAUCACUAUAUGGCCGCCAAGGGACGCACUCUGCUCCAAAUGGUCACCGAUGAGGAGAAACUAAAGGCUUUGGCUCCUAUGCUAAAUAUUGAAGGUCUAAAGUACAAGGAACGCGAUGGCUUGGAGAUGUCCUUCAGUUUCUGGCAACCUAAUCCAUUAAAUGUUUUUGUGGUGACCUCCUAUUGGGAGCAGCGUGUGAGGACUCUUUUGGGUACCCGAUACGAUCAUCGCAAUGGUGCCUUCGACUGGGAUUUGAACAUGACCUUGAAGGAUCGUGGUGGACAGCAAAUCUGUUCGCAAGAGUAUCGCUACUGGCGAGAAACGGGUGUCGCUUUUGUUUUUCCGGAGUAUGAACAUUGCAAGCCAAACAAGACUCUUGCGGCAGGAUUAGUGCGAAAUGGGCAUACCUAUUUACAUCGUGGCUAUGUUGGCGAUAUCCAAACUGGACCCUUUUGUGGCUUUGGACUCCGCACCACUGAGGAACGUAUGCAUCAUUCAAUGCACGGGGAUAAUGAUUAUCGUGCUACUGAUAUAACUGAACGAAAUCUCUUGGAACUUUUCCAUGAGCUGCAGACCCAAACCCCAUAUGAGCACGACCCUACGCGUUCCCGGAAAUAUGGAUCCGUUCAGCUGCUGAUGACUCCGUUGCUUAAUUACCAGGAAGAGGAUGCUGCUGGCCAGGCGACCUACGACAAACCCUGGAUCCAGAUGCCAGGAGUAACAGUGCAUUUUAUGUCGCCCAUGGACAUGUUGCAACUGCAAAAGGGCGCAAUUCGUUGGAACAACAUGUUCGAUGUCGCCUUUAUGGCCUAUAACUACUACAGUUUCUUGAGCAAAGACUUCUUCCAGGCGAUGCGUGCCCAGGCUCUUUUUAUCUUGGAGACCAAACUGAUGACCGUAGAACGUAAGGAUCAUGUGCAGGAGUACGAGAGCAAAGCUAGGGAGCUGAUGAAGGAGGCCGGUCUGAAGGCGGCCAUCAAUUACCAGGCCAUCAAUGCCAAGAAUAUGUGGCUUAAGUACAAGAAGACUGAUAAAGACGAACCAGAAGACGAGGUGGAAGCUGAGCCGGAAAAUAUUCCUCAAAUUGAGAACGAUGAAGAUGAUGACGGUUUAUCUGAGCAGUUUUCCGGUAUAGUAAUCGAAGAGAUUCCGUCAGAAAAUCAAACGGUUUCAUCGAUUAAAAAGGAAGUACAAGCAGAAGGUCCCCUCCAGCUGAAUCGCCAUCUCCUGUAAAUCAUCUACAAUCUCUUAGUGAAAUAAAUGUACAAUUUAGUGAAUACAA